GACCAGGUCGCUGACGCCGGGCCCGACCUCCCGGGCGCCCCACAGCCUGCGCGAGCACCUCAGCGACGCGGCCGGAAUGAGAUCGUGCCGCACUGAACGCCCUGGACUACUCGGCGCCACGCGCUCGGUCAGGAGGGCGGUCCCGGCCGCGGCCGCCAAGAGCACGGCGAACAUCCUAGGCGACAACCACGAUAAGCCGGGCUUCUUCCACUUCGGCUUCAUGCCUUGCAGUGACGGCAAGUUGGCCAAGAGGGGCCAGCUGCUUUUCUACCACGACGCGAGCGCGCACAUCACCCCGUUCGGCGAGGCGCAGCGCAGGCGGGCCUCCCUGGCCCAGCGCUCCGCGAGCUGCGAGCCCGCCCUGCAGGGCUCCGGCGCGCAGGUGCACGCCUUCCGGCCAGGGAGGUGUGGGCCGCCUCUGGGCGCCAUCCACCACCACCUGUCGGCCACGCGGGAGGUCACGCCUCCGUUCUGGACGUUUCCCGCAGGCGAUACAGGCGGCAGCGCUUGGCGCAGCGCGUCGGCUCGCCAGCCCAGUUGCAGCUUCAGCGGCCGGCCUCUGGACAGCGCGCGCGAGGCCGGAGAGCCCUGCCCCCUUCGACGGGAGCAAGGCGACCGGGCGAGGGUGCCGACCGCCAGCAGCUACAGCCGCACCUCCAGCCAGAGCGCGUCGCGGCCGCCGGCGGAGUGGGCGGCGCCCGCCGGGGUGGGCUGCGGAGGCGCCCCGGCGGGCCUCGCCAGCCACCGGACGCCCCGCGGCAACACGAGCAGGAGCCGCGACCCGAGCCCCUCCGUGGUGCUGGGCCUCUCCGCCCGCAGCGGCGUGGCCGCCGCCGGCGCGAGGUCGAGAGAUCUGGAAGGGGGUGCCCGCGCACACGCCUUCUCCCCGUCGAACGCCGUGGUGACCAAGUUCUCGCCACUGGGGGCGCUGGUGCCCGCGAGGACGCUGGAGCCGAGGGCCGCCUCGUGCCCCCCGGCCAGGUCCUGGCACGGCGGCAGCGACGGCGGCGGCACGGCUGCCAGCAGGGCGACCCCCCGCGCCGGGGCGCCGCCGCCCCUCGCGGAG